CCCUGUCCAUCAUUCGAAGGCUCACGGCUCUGACUGUUUUGCAGUGAGAUUUGGAAGCUGAGCACCGCCUCUGGAAACAAGAGAGUAAGGGGCGAUGGCGGCGGAGCGGAGUCGCUCCCCGAUGGACUCGCCGGUCCCGGCCUCUAUGUUCGCCCCCGAACCCAGCUCCCCGGGGGCGGCUAGGGCCGCGGCGGCUGCCGCCCGGCUCCAUGACGGCUUCGACUCAGACUGCAGUGAGGACGGCGAGGCGCUCAACGGCGAGCCAGAGCUGGACCUCACCAGCAAGCUGGUGCUAGUGAGCCCUACAUCAGAGCAGUAUGACAGCCUACUUCGGCAGAUGUGGGAGAGGAUGGACGAGGGAUGCGGAGAGACCAUAUAUGUCAUUGGGCAGGGAUCAGAUGGGACUGAGUACGGGCUGAGUGAAGCUGAUAUGGAGGCCUCCUACGCCACAGUGAAAAGCAUGGCAGAACAGAUAGAGGCUGACGUCAUCCUCCUGCGGGAACGUCAAGAAGCUGGGGGCCGUGUGCGGGAUUACCUGGUCCGGAAACGAGUAGGAGACAAUGACUUCCUGGAGGUCAGGGUAGCAGUGGUGGGCAACGUGGAUGCUGGCAAAAGCACGCUUCUGGGCGUCCUGACACACGGGGAGCUGGACAAUGGCCGCGGCUUUGCCCGCCAGAAACUCUUCCGCCACAAACACGAGAUUGAAUCUGGUCGUACCAGCAGUGUGGGCAACGACAUUCUGGGCUUUGACAGCGAAGGUAACGUGGUGAACAAGCCAGACAGCCAUGGCGGCAGCCUGGAGUGGACCAAGAUUUGUGAGAAAUCCACUAAGGUGAUUACCUUCAUUGACUUGGCUGGCCACGAGAAAUACCUGAAGACCACCGUCUUUGGCAUGACGGGCCAUCUGCCUGACUUCUGCAUGCUCAUGGUGGGCAGCAAUGCUGGUAUCGUGGGGAUGACCAAGGAGCACCUGGGCUUGGCAUUGGCACUCAAUGUGCCUGUUUUCGUGGUGGUCACCAAGAUUGACAUGUGUCCGGCCAACAUCCUGCAAGAAACCCUGAAGCUGUUGCAGCGCCUGCUAAAGUCGCCGGGCUGCCGGAAGAUCCCUGUGCUGGUGCAGAGUAAGGACGACGUGAUUGUCACGGCCUCCAACUUCAGCUCUGAGAGGAUGUGCCCGAUAUUCCAGAUCUCCAACGUUACAGGCGAGAACCUAGAUCUCCUGAAGAUGUUCCUCAACCUCCUCUCCCCGCGCACCAGCUACCGGGAGGAAGAGCCUGCUGAGUUUCAGAUUGACGACACUUACUCUGUCCCGGGCGUGGGAACAGUUGUGUCGGGGACAACACUGAGGGGCCUGAUCAAGCUGAAUGACACGCUGCUGCUGGGCCCAGAUCCUCUGGGUAACUUCCUGUCUAUUGCGGUCAAAUCGAUCCAUCGAAAGCGUAUGCCUGUCAAGGAGGUGCGGGGGGGCCAGACAGCCUCCUUCGCCCUGAAGAAGAUUAAGCGUUCGUCCAUCCGGAAGGGCAUGGUGAUGGUUUCCCCGCGCUUGAACCCCCAAGCGUCCUGGGAGUUUGAGGCCGAGAUCCUCGUCCUUCACCAUCCCACCACGAUUAGCCCGCGCUACCAGGCCAUGGUACACUGUGGGAGCAUCCGGCAGACAGCCACCAUUCUGAGUAUGGACAAGGAUUGUCUGCGCACUGGGGACAAGGCCACCGUGCACUUCCGCUUCAUCAAGACCCCCGAGUACCUGCACAUAGACCAGCGGCUGGUGUUCAGGGAAGGCCGCACCAAGGCUGUGGGCACCAUCACCAAGCUCCUGCAGACCACCAACAACUCCCCGAUGAACUCCAAGCCUCAGCAGAUUAAAAUGCAGUCAACGAAGAAAGGCCCCCUGACCAAACGAGAAGACGGGGGCCCGUCUGGAGGGCCGGCAGUAGGGGUACCCCCACCUGGAGACGAAGCUUGUUCCCUAGGGGCCGCGCAGUCAUCUGCGUCCCUCAGUCUCCAGCCAACGCCCAAGCCCAGCAGUGGGGGCCGGCGACGAGGAGGCCAGCGUCACAAGGUGAAGUCCCAGGGUGCCUGUGUGACACCAGCCAGUGGCUGCUGAAUUUCCCCUGCCACCCCCACCAUCCAAGGGAUCCUCGUCGUACUCUGGCCACCGCUCCACCAGACGGGCCAGAGCAGCUCUGAGCGCCAGCUGCCCUCCCCCAGGCCACAGCCGGAGCCUCAUCAUUCCCCACCCCCGGUUUCCAGGGGCAUUGUAAUUUAUAAGCCAAGGAAGGUGGCCAGACUCCUGGAGGACUGACCAUCUCUCCCACCCUCCUGCCCGCCUUCUUCCUCACUCACAGUUUUUGUACAUCUGGGCCCGUUUUUAUUCCUUUUAUUAUACCUCGUGUGUGUGUGUGUGUGUGUGUGUGUGUGUUACUGUUACAGGAGUACAGGCUCUCAGGGCCUGGCAGUCAUUUCUCCUUCCCUCCUCCUGGCUGGCUGCCUGCCCAUUUGUCCAUCCGUCCAUGUGUCUGUCUCUGUGAGAACCUUUAGGGACUAUCAAGAGCUGAAGGGUGCCCUCCUUCCCUGGCUCUGUACCCUGAACCCUCUGUGGAGCCAGUCUGGGGGUUUCUAAGUGUAAGUGCUGCUGCCAGCUCAGGGAGCCCUCCUUCUGGGACUUGGGGGUUCUAGCGGGGUGGAGAGUGCUGGCUUCCUUUUCUAACUCUGUCUUUCUCCUUAAACCCCCAAACAGGUAAUGCCAAAAGCUCUUAAAGUGUAACCUGUAGAUGUGUGGAGGGGAGGUGGUUGGAUUGUAGGGCCCUCCCUGCCCCUAACCCCACACUUGCCGCUGACCCAAAGACAGCUGGUGGCUUUUCUUUCCCCUUGGAGACAAUCCUGUGUUUGCCUGGCAGGCCAGGGCAACUCCUGCUCUGCCAUUCUGCUAAGUGGGAGGCUCCCACCUUGCCUAGGAGCCGCCCCUGCUUGGAUGACCUAGAUGGGGGUCGCCUGCUCAGGGUCAUGCUCACUAGCAUGUCCUCUUGGUGGGGUGCAGGUGUUCUCUGAGCCAGGCUAGGACUAGAACCCCUCCUUCCCCACCACACCCCUCCACAUCACCCCAGCAUAGCUGCUACAGGAGCACAACAGUGAAGCGCCCGAGCCCCAGGUUUGGAAGCCCCAGCUGGGAUGCUGGACGGGCAGGUAGCGGGCAGUGAGAAAGACCCUUCCGGGCCUAGCACGGAGCAUUGAGACCUCUGGAAGAAUCAGUGCCUGGGAUAGGGGUGGGGUUGCCCAGGCCAGAGAUGCCGCGUGGGCCCUGAACCAGCUGGGUCUGAGCUGUGGCCUGAAGCCCUCAGUUUAAGGGGCCGAUGGGGGGAGGUGUGUGUGCUCGAGCCGGGGCAGACACCCAGCUGGCUGGGCCCUCCUCAGCCUUGCCUCCGUUUUGUCCCCAACACUUCCCUUCUGCUCCCGCCCGGGCUGCUGGUACCUUCACCUCCCCUUCUAGUUAUUUCUAUUAGUUACCACUGACCCGUGGCAAUGGACCGACAAGACCAGCACACAAAAUAAAAGUUUGUUCCAAGUUGACAGUGUGGGUGGUCCCUGUCCAGCCCUUCCAGGUGGACGUGCUGCCCUAGAGCCCUGUCUGCAGGGCAGGGCUGGGGGGAGCCCAGCGCCUGUCAGGCAGGCGUGGCUUCAACAUCCAGGCGCCUGCACCAGCUGUGACCCAGGACAAGUUGCCAGCCUUCUCUGAGCCUGUUUCCUCAUCUACACCAAGAGGUAAAUGCCUACAUCAGGGGUAUAAGGACUCAGUGAGAGGAUGUGUGUGAGGCCCCCCUGUGCUCAGCACGUGGGAGGUUCCUGGUGAAAGAAUGGUCCUGCUGUUUCCCACCCAGUCGGCUUCCAAGUCUAGCAGAGGCUGCAAGCUGGGGGCAGGCUUGAAAGGGGACAAGUAGCCUUGACCUGUCUCUGUGAUAGGUGUCUCAUUCUCUUCCUGUUUGAUGUUUGCAGCUACUGUCUGUGAGGGAGGUGGUGUUCCAUUGUUUUAGUUAAGGAAACUGAAACCGAGAGGAGCAGUGCCACCAGCAGGCGUGUUUGUCCCUGCACCGGCUCUCUCCCCCAGCCGUUCCCAGUCAGCUGCUGCUGCGGCGGCGGCUGCGGCGUGUCCAUUGGCCCCUGGCUGUUUCCUGGCUUUCUUACUGGUUCCGUUUCCAGGGGCUGCUGCCCACUGGUGCCUCCAUAAGAGGAGGGCUGCAGCAUUGAGCAGCUCCUGCUCUCGGUCCCCACGGCAGGUGCUGUGGGUUGGUUUCCACGAGCCUUGGCCAUGGUAGAACCUCAGAACAGGUGGAACCCAUUUGGUUUGAACUUCAUGGCCCCUGUGAGCAUAACCACUUUCUUUUACGUUGGGAAGCUGUGGCCCUCACCCUGGCUUCUGCCCUCAGAUACUCAGGAGGGUGGGCUGGACCUCUGCGCUGACUGAGCAGGGGGCUUACUGAAUGCAGCAUUUUACUGUCAUUAACAGGGACUACAAAGGUCCCCUGCGGGCCUCAGACCUACCAACUAUCCAUUUGGAACAAAACACCAGCCCUUUUGUAGUUGAUAAAGAAUAAAGUUGUUAAUCCGAUCAUC